CCGACGGCCCGUGAAAGCAGCCAAGCCUCACAUGGCGGGAGAUUUAAACCCUCUCGAACUGACUGCCUGUUUACAUCAGGCCUCUGCUAACUGUUAUCAAACACAAUGAAUCAUGUGAAGAACAUAAAGGAAAUGCUGAGCAUCCCAACUGGAAGCAGAAAUGUGGCUACCACUGGCUACUCCAGUUUCACAGACUCUCAGUUGUUCUUUGGGUCUCAGUUUUGGCCUGAAAAUUCUCAAGGUGUGUCUCAAGAUAUGAGUGUGUCAUCCAGGAACUCCCAGCAAAGUUCACAAGAGGAAAGUGACCCAAAGUUUUCAAGCAGUUAUCACACUAAACCUUCCCUGUUUGGAGAAUUAAAGGGCAAGAGCAAAUCUUUUGGAAUACUGGAUAAAUUUGAAGAGGACAAGAAAAGAGCAAAAGAAAAAAGUGACGGUGAUACUUUAGCCAAAGAAUGUAAUCGUUUUCGAGAAACUCUCAACAAUAUCCAACAGCUGGUCGCUGGAACAGAAAGAAAUACUGCUGUGUGCCAAACGGUCCUCGAAAAAUUUGACAAUUUUGCAUCAACAUUGCAAAAUAAUCUUAACAGUCUUCAGAGUGACAUUUCCCAGCAGUUUGAGACUUUGCUGAAGGAAGUGAGCUCCCAGAAAGAGAUGAUGACUGUACUGGAGGAGAAGGUGCAAAAGGGUGGGGACCCCACAGCAGAACUUGGUUCAAAUCUGCAGAGUUUAAAGAAUAGCCUGGAGUGUCUGAGAGAGGAGCAGGAGGGAGAACGAAACAUGCUUGAAGAGGCUCUGAAGCUGCUCAGCACCUUCGUCUCACUGCACUCAGCCAAACCCAGACCUGAGAAAGUGACGGACAGUGCCAUCCAGACGUCACCAGGGCUGGAACAGCCAUUCUCCAACGUCCUGCAGAACAACCAGCUUGAAGACACACAGCUUACACGUAAGUCACACCACCUUGAUCACGAUCAGGCUGAAAUUCCCCCUCAGAGUCCCAGCUGCAUCAUCGGAAAGAGGAAAUCCACUCUGAGAGGCCAUAGGAUGCGCAAAAAGAGAGCGCUGGUGCUCUCACAACGCAGUAAGCACACUGUCAUGAAGGAAAACCGACAACCUCUAAUGAACUGUGACAAAAAACAAAAUGUUUCAACACCUCUCUGUGAGCGUCGUGAUCCAAACACGGUAACCGGCCAGGACAGUCUCAACCCAGACAGGGAGAUAAGAUCCAUAGCUGAGCGAUGUUUCAUCACCCCUAUCAGCUGCUGGUCUCAGGACAGCGACAGCUCUGUGUGCAUUACAGGAAUCGAACCCAUCUUAGAGAAGAUCUCAGCUGAGUCCAAGAGAGGGACCCCAGUGAAACCCCAAGGCCUCUGGCAGUUGUUUGACAUGGAUUGUGAUUUUGAUUUAGGCGUUUAGAGGCUGAGUAAAGGACUCAGAAGAGAGAUGUAUUUAUGCUCUUAUUUUUGGAGUACAAGCCAGAAAUGUUUAUUUAUUACUACUUGUGACUCAUUAGUUGUAGAGUUAUUCCGUCUUUUUGAAGAAUUAACACAUUGAUGAAUGUUUUUGGUUUAUAUUUAUGGUGGAGGAGCUGUGGAGGGGUGUAAAAAAGGUACUAAUGAUAAGUAAGUUUAGGACAGACUGGCCCACAAAUACACAUAUUUAAAGUUUUUCUGCUGAUGUAAAAAAAAUAUUGUAACACUUAUUGUCUCUGCUGGCUUAAUAAUUAAUUGAUUCUGUACUUAUACUGCUGACUUAUAAAUAAACUAAAAGAAUUGA